AUGAUAGCGGCGACACAAGCGGCAGGGUGCCUCGGGCCCCGACAGCUGCUCUACCGCCCUCCCCGUGGUACAUCUUGGCGCGUGCUCAAACUGAGGCUGGAUCGGGUCGCGAGAACUUACACACGGAGCUUCUCACAAUCCCAGAGAGUUCUCGCCGCGCACAUCAACGAACCACCCUUUCUCUCAUCUGAUGAUGUCAGGGUCCUUCAAGAUCUGAUACUGCACAAGCCUCCCCAGCCCCCAGAACGCCUCCGAUGGCAGAACAUCCCGCAGAGCGAGGACACCGGGGAACCCGAGUCCAGGCACUGGGACAAACCCAAAGUCAAAGAGUUUCUGGCAGCGUUGGAGAAGGGAGACACCAGAGCCCUCUUCAGGCAUCUAGGCUUGAACACGCUGGGGGCGUAUCGCCAUGCCGAGGUGGUUAGGCAAGACUCUACCAUCGAGUCGGUCGUCGCACAGCUCCCAUCCACGGCUUUCUCGGAACUCAUGCGCUGCCUCGAUCCCUUUGUUGUGGCCAAGGAGUUAAGUGCUAGUGACGGCAUCUCCAUCGGCCCGGGAGUCGCCCAGAUGACCCCCUUGGGGAGAUUCGUCAACAAUUAUGGAAUUUGCACGAUCUACGUGGGGCUGUUGCGGAAAUUGACGAGCAUCUUCAAAGUGAGGAGAGAAACAUGGCACAAACCUCAGUUCAAUGACUACAUCGUCUUGGUGAGAUGUGCAGGAGCAGCCUCGGAUAUGACUGCUGCCAAGGAGAUCUGGCAGAUGAUGGACGAAGACAAUUACACCACUUCACGAUCAAGCCGAGCAUACGCCGAAUUCGCGAGAGCUCGAUUCCUGACCGAGCCGCUGUAUAUGCAGUACAAUCUGCCGCUACACCGGGUGCGACCCGCUUCUCUGUUUCCCGGCAAGUUCACCCAUUUCGCCCUCCACUCCCGCCUCGACCGGGGCAAGACACUCUACAUGCUUGGGCGCCUGCAGAGAAACAUGGACUUGCACCGGAAACACCGCUUUGGGCACAACUUUCGCAAGCCUCACGUCGCCGAGGAAACGAACAUGAUUCUCCGUAACUCGAUACCAGUCACCAGAGUCUUCACAAGAGCGAGAUCUUUGGGCUACGACCAUGAUGUGGACUUCUUGAGCGCCAUGAUUGUUGCAACGGCAAGAACAGGUAAGGUGGCCUCCACUAUCGACAUCUUACGCAAGUACUGGAACAUCCACAUCAGCCGAAGAAAGGCAACUGGUUCAGUCAUUGUCCAGGAUGGCGUCAUACCCAGGCGGAGCUCGCCUAUGUAUCCCACAGGCCGGCUCAUGGAGGCGAUUGUGCUGGCUUUCGGGUCCAACAGCCAUAUUGCCAUUGCCCUCAAGGUCGUCAACCAUAUUUCUCAGCUCUACCGCAUCGAAAUCCCUGACAAGGUGUGGUUCGAUCUGCUAAGCUGGACGUACAUCGCUGGUACUAAACCUGCCACCACUGAAUGGAAAAUCAUGGGCAUGCGGCACAAGGUGCUCAAGCCAGACGCUGUCCAACUCGUCUGGGACGUCAUGACAUCGGCGCCCUACAACGUCAAGCCGGGCUUCGACCAAUACAGAAUUCUGGUCAAUUCUCUGAUCGAGCAGCGCAAGUACGGGGAAGCCAUCCCGCUCAUGCGCCAGCUCAAGGACCAGUACCAAGCCCAGUGCAGGGUCUACGAAGAGGCGCUCUGGGAGUACUCGCAGACGCGGCAACAAAGGGUCGCCACGGGGCCGGUACUGAUGCGAUACGAGCGAGCCUCGGCCAAGAAGUGGCAUAUGUGGUACGCGAUCGAGAUGUGGUGUCACAAAAUAUUCAAGAAGGUGCGGCCCGGCGACAAGGACACCUUUACCACGACGACCAUCCCGCAGCUGGUGGACGAGUUUCGCAACUUCAUGGUUUCGCCGACCACCUACCGCACCCCGACGGGUUUCGUUCGCCUCCAUCUAGGGCCCAGCGCAACACGUUACAUAACUGUGGACCGUCUGAUAGAAGUACCUCAAUUGGAGGAGAGUGAGAUGAACCAGCGUAUCAGGGCAGGUCGUUGGACGCCGCCGCGGUAUCGAUCUGAUCUUGAGCGUGAGCCCGAGGACGCCCCGAUCGCAGACGGACCUGACAGUCCAUUUCACCGGAUGCGGCCCAUUAUACAGAAGUUUGUCUCGGUCAAGAGGCCGGUGACGUGGGUGACGAGCCCCGAAGACCUCACAAAGCGCAAGCUCAACCCUUACACCAAGAGAUGGCUGCAGAGAGAACAUCUUUGA